AUUUACACAAACGGAAAUAAAUUGCCGAGUAAGAACAAUUUCCAGUGAUAUAAAAGCCCAAGAAGAACAGAGAGGUUUUUGUGUUCAAGCCAUUUUCGUGUCAAGUACCCUACCCAGCGGUUCGGGCACAACAAGAUGCGUCUUCACACAGUCUUCCUCGUCUUCGCUCUCGGAUGUGUCGCUGCCCGAUCUCCUCACAAGCCCACUGAGGGUCCCCGUCGUGCCCUUGUUACCAUCGAGGGUAUGGACAUCAGUGGCAAAUUGAUGAUGGAACAAGCUUCGAUUUCUAGCCCUGUCAAGAUCCGUGGUGUCAUUUACGGUUUGGAGCCCGGUCGUCAUGGUCUCCACGUCCACGCUGGAACAACUCUGGGUGACCAGUGUGAUAGCGUUGGCGGUCAGUUCGUUCCUGCUGAAAAGUACGAAAGCGAACGCUCUGUCGGCUACCUCGGCAACAUCAAGACCUUCACUGGUGUGCCUUCUCGCACUGACGUCAGCUUGAUCUCCUCGCUGGUGUCCCUGUUCGAAGAAAGCCCACGCAGCAUUUUGGGUCAUGCCAUUGUUAUCCACCAGCUCCCCGACGACAGGGCUCGUGCCACCAAGAACGUUGACCUCGAGAACCGUCUGAUCGCUUGUGGCCUGCUCACUCUGUCUCAAGUUGAGGAACCGAUCACCAUCGAUAGGGAAUCAACCACCUACGGAUCUGAAAGAGCUUUCAAGAAAAUUGAACAAGGAAUCUUGAACGGAGAACAGUCAUGGGAAAAUGUCCGUCAUCCACAUUACGGAGCCAUCGAAGGCCAGAAGGUGCCCUCCAACUUGAACUUGGAAGGUGUCGAACGCCCCACCAACGUCGAUAGCCUGACCCUCGAAACUGCUGCCCCGACCCGCAAAGUCUGGAUGGCCGGUUACACUUACGAAUACGACUACGCUGGCUGGACUUCAACUGGUAUCAUGGGCAUCAGCACCAAAGUGUCUGGAGGCUCCAUCAAGGGUCGUCUGACCAUUGAGCCCGUCGAUGAAAGCACCGCCGUUGUUGCUCUGCUUGCCACCAAAGGUAAGCAAUUCAACGAAGACGUGAUGGAGAAAUACUCUGAAGUCGAUCCUGGACAGGAAGUCCGCAUCAUUGACCAAGAACACCUUGAGAAACCCUUCCAAGUCAAAUUUGUUUCCGGCAAGGUUGAAACUGUCGCUAUUGGCAAAGAAGAGCCCUUGUGGAUCGUCAACUUCAAGCGUGCUUUGGCUGCCCAGAUCCAACUCCAACUUGAUGGAGUCUCUGGCGUCUUCCAACAGGCUGAAUACGACAACUACUAUGCUGAGAACACCGUCUACCACGCCAUGGAGGGAUCCGUUACUGGUGAGUGCCAAACCUGGUACCACAUCAGCCGUCUGCCCGUCGAAGUUGUUGAGGCCGAGCCUAAACUUCUGCCCGCCCCUGAGCUUUGCCAGAACUUCCCAGUCUACGAAAUCGUGAAGAACCGUGAUUUGGACAACUGCCGCAUUCUCCCCGUUUUCAACUACAACAGCAACCAGGGACUUCGCUGCAACUUGGUCAAUGGUGCCGGUUGCGAGAACAAAAUUUCGCACUCUGACACUGUUAGAAUCAUCGGUUGUACUUCCAAUGAGGGCCACUUCAUCGUCCAACGCAUCAAGUCAAUUGACAAGUUGGUCGUCAAGCCCUUCAGCUACGAAACAGAAGCCACCGAAGGUUUGACCGUCCAGCAUUUGACUCUGAGAUCUGCCACCCCAACUGGCUACUCCAAGCUCGUUUCUCGCAUCUCUUCUGAUGUUCACAUCUACCAGACCCUGGCCUACUCCUACGAUGACGAUUACAAGACCCACGGACCCUUGAUGGGAAAGCCUACUCUUCGCAACGUCAAUUCUCCGAUGAUCAUGGAGGUCGAGCCUGAGAUCCUCAAGAAGGAAGCUCUCCGUCUGCUCUCUGAAAUCAUCAGCGAUGUUGAAUCUGAGGCUUACUACGUCGACCCCUCUACCAAACAUACUUCUGAGAAGAUCAACAUGCUCCGCAGAGCUUUGGCUUCACUCGACUACAAUGAGCUCAUGGGUUUCGUUGCCCAGGUGUGGGAAUCCAAGGAAUGGAGCACAUCCAACCAAAUUGUUGUUGACGCUUUGAUGCUUUCUGGCACCAACCCGUCUUUGAUGUUGGUCCGCGAAUACAUCCUCCAGGGUAAGAUCGCUGGUGAGCAAGCCGUCCAGGCUAUCUCAGCCCUCGUCCCAACUGUUGAAACUCCCACGAAGGAGCUUUUGACCAGCUUGAUGGAAUUCUUGAAAUCUGAAGUCGUCCAGAGCCACCGCCAACUCAAGAUCACCACUGCCUUGUCUUUGUCUCGCUUAGUGUACCAGGCCUGUGUCAACACCACCCACAGCUUGAACAUGUUCCCCAAGUUGGUUAUGGGAGAAUUCUGCAAUCCCAGCGACUCGAUCGUUGCCAGCCAGUUGGUCCCCUACUUGGCCGAGCAGGCUAAGAUUGCCAAAGAUGCCGGUGAACGCAUGGCUUUCUUGACCGCUUUGGGUAACAUUGGUCACGAGAUUAUUGUUCCCUUCGUCAAGCCUUUCAUCACCUCCUGCGAGCCCAGCUCUCACUACGAAAGCGAAUGGUACGAGCGCAACCAACGCGAUUUGGUCUCCUUGUCAAAGAAGGAAAUGAGAAAGAAGUGGAUCGAAGCCAAGAAGACCCUUAACUUGAAAAAGUACGAACAGGAGCAGGAAGAUGUCGUUCUCUCUCGCGCCGAAUCCGAGGACUGGGAAGAUGAGGCUCUUUGCAACCUCGUCCGCGCCAAGGCUAUCUUCGCCUUGAGCACAUUGGCCGUUCAGAAGAAGGAAAUCGUUGGCACUUUGUUGAUGCCCAUCUUCUUCAACAAGGCUGAGGAAACUGAGGUCCGUUUGGCCGCUCUUACUCUGCUCUUCGUCAGCAACCCUCCCCAAGCUUUCUGGUCCCGUGUUGCUUUGAGCACCUGGUACGAGCCCAACGAUCAGAUCUCCCACUUCAUCUACACUACCAUCGCCAGCCGCGUCGCUAACAAGAACCCGCUCAACCGCGAGGAGACUGUCCGCGCCGAAGCCGUCAUUGCUUUGAUGAAGCCCAUGUUCUGGACUUCCCACGCUGCCCUCAACUACCAGAAGGCCGGUUUCUCUGAAAAGACCCGUCUGGGUUACGUGACUGAGACCGUCAACUUCCCCGGAUUCGAAUCUUUCGUCCCCUCUCACCACUACAGCAGCUUGUCCGUCGCUAUGGGACCCUGGUUCACCAAGUUGAUGGAAAUCAGCAUUGAUAGCAAGCACGCCGAGAAGUUCAUCGAUCGUCUGGUCGGAAAGCCCGGUCUCCGUUUCAAGUCCAACAAGGACGAAUCUUCCAUUAUCAGCCCUGAAUUGGAGAAAAUCCACGAAGAGUUGAAAAUUGAGGCUCGCGCCACUGGUCAACCCGAAUUGUACAUUUACCUGAACUUCUUGGACAACUACCAACGUUUCUUCACCAUUAACCCCAACACCAUCUUCAGAAUGAUUGAGAAGCAGAUUUUGCAAUCCGGAUUCCGUGAGAACGCUGGCAAAUGGGAAAUCAACUUCCACAAAUACUGGCCUCUUUUGGACUCGUUUGCCCGCAUUCCUUCUGCCAUGGGUUUGGCUUACACCUGGGCCAGCCACCACAGCGUUUUCGUUUCACUCAAGUCCAAUGUUGAAGGUGGCUUUUCCAUGUCUUCCUGGAGCGCCAAGAUUGAAGGUGCUUUGAAGCCCGUUGUCGUUUCAAAGAUGAGCACUCGUCUGAUGGUCGAGACUCCAUUUUCUCGCGCUUACCCUACUACUGGUGUUGACAUGGAAUGGGCUGCUGCUCUGCCCGGUCGCUUCGCCAUUGAAGGUGACAUGAAGACUGGCAAGAUCCAAACCACCUGGGAAACUUUGGGUGACAAACUCCGCAUCGUCAAGCACUCCGUUGUUCCUUUCACUACGGUCCGCAAGAUCAGCGAUUUCACCCCUGCCAUUCUCCUCUCGGAGACCAAGCGCAUCUCUUACGUUGAGGAACCCAAGGAGAAUAAGGUCACCUUCGGUGAGAAACACCUCGGCAUGGACUUCGUUUUUGUUGAGCGUGGUGAACGCUUGGCCGUUGUUCAGCCAUCAGUUUAUAGCAAGGAUUGGUUCGGUACCUUGGCUUUCGCCGCUAUGCCAUCCACCAUCCGCCAGCGUGAAUGGAGCUUGUACCUCGACAAUGCCUCAUCUGAGACCAAGGCUAUCAAGACCAUCAUCUCUAUCUCUUCCAAGUCGGACUCCAAGUUCGAAAAACCUCUGACCGGCCAUCUUCAUGCCAAAUCCCUCUUCGACACCAUUUACGGAGAGCAGAUCAUGAGCCAGGAGUACGUUAGACAGCAGGACAGCCAAUGGGAAUCGCAGAAGUUCCAACACAUCUUCCAGACCCUGACCAACCCCACCGGAUAUUCUUUGGAUUUCACCGCCGAACUUGUCCCCAAGUCUUCAUCCAUUAAGGCUCGCCGCAUCGGAUCCUCUAUCGUCUACGGUAUGGACGGAAAGUCUCACCGUGGAAGUCUUAUGGUGGAGAAACGCGAUGAAGUUGAAGGCCAGAACAACUUCGUGCUUUGCGCCGAGGUUGACGCUCAAUUCCCCGACAACUUGGUUUUCAAACGCAAAGAACUGAUCAAGGAUGAAGCUGAACGUCGUUCUACCAUCAAGAUUGGCUUCGGAAAGUCUUGCACUGAUGACCGCAAGAUUACUGUUGCUACCACCUGGACUCGCAGCGAGGAAGACAUCUCUCCUUCCCUGCGCAACCAGUGGGAAAAGACCCAGUGCCAGAAACAGGAAACUUUGGGCCGCGGUAUGAGCGAUGAAUGCAUUGCUGCUCGCCGUCUGUCCUCGAUCCUGAACAAGGCCGUCAUGACCAUCAAGUACAACGAGAUGCCCGCUGUUGUUCGCAAUGCCACCAUCAAGGCCUCCAACCUCGUCCGCCACUGGUUGGGUCCCUACAUGUCUGACAACCAAGUCGAAGUUAUGAACACUGAGAACCAGAUCACUGUCGAGAGUGUCUACUACCCAUUGGCUGGAUCGAUGGAUGUUAAGGUUUUCAAGCCUUACUCCAAUGUUUUCUUCCGCGGAAUUGAAAUUCACCCCGUCGCUGAAGUCAUCUUGCCCAAGCGCAUGGCUGUUCCUCGCUCUGUCUUGGCUGCCCCCGGCGUUUGUUUGAUUGGCUCCGAGACUGUCACCACCUUCGAUGGCCUUUUCUACAACGCUUCCUUCUCUGGAUGCGAUCAGGUCUUGACCAAAGAUUGCUCUGGCCGUUACAAGUUUGCCGUGCUGUCCCGCGUGGAAGGAGACAAGAAGAUCGUCACUGUCCUGUUGAACAAGGAGAAAAUUGAAAUUUUCCCCGCUCAACAGAAGGUCAACGUCAACGGUAUGGAAAUCUCCGUAACCAGCGAAUCCUACACCGUCAAGAACGCCGAAAAUGAAGUUUUGGCUGUUAUCAAGAAAACCGCUGAUAACUUCAUUGAAGUCGACUCUCCCAUCUCCCACAUGAUCCGUGUUUUGACCGACGCUAAGGAAGUCGUUGUUAUGGCUUCUCCCAUCCACCGUGGCCGUCUCUGUGGUCUGUGCGGCUCCCAGAAUGGCGACAAGGUUACCGAUCUGACUGGCCCCCGCCAGUGCGCCAUUCCCCGUGAUCUGAUGGAUGUUGCCUACGAACUGAGACAACCCGCCGGAUGCAAAAGUGAUAUCUCUUCCAGAGAUGUUGCUGAGCUUCGUCGCAUCCAGGAAGAAUGCCUGAAGGAGAAAUCCGAGACUGUUUUCGGCAUUUCUGAUGUCUCUCCCUUGUUGCCCAAGUUCCAACAGAACAUCUAUUCCAGCCAGACUUUCCGCCGCCCUUCGCAGUGGACCGUCUACCGCAACAAGAUGGUCGUCCAAGACAACAAACGUUGCUUCUCCACCGAGUCAGUGCCCAAGUGCGCUGAGGGUGCUCGCGCCCAGGAGACCGUUGAGAAGAAGCUGGGAUUCCACUGUCUUCCCAAGAACAUCUUGUCCGAGAAGUUGAACGAGGAGAUGUCUUCCCGUCCUCUUGAUGAGCUGAUGGGCAAGCAAGUCGACAUGGUACGCGUCUACUCGGUGCCUACCGCUUGCCUUCCCUUCUAAAUCAACAAAUCUAAAAUCUUUUUUGUACGAGCAAGGAAAUUGUUUUUACAUUCUUCCGUGUUCCCCUAACGACCCCGCUACCCCACGUCAAGUAAUGACCUAUGAAAAUGCUAAGAUAUAUUAAUUUAGAAGUUGGAUAGACUCUCAUUAUAUCGAGAGUACUCAAGGUAUGGAAUUGUUUUGAAGGCGCCCAGUUUCUGUUGAGACUACGCCAGGGUGAUGUAAUCUAUAUGAAAAAAACAUAUUCCAAGACAAUAAAUAAACAAGCAGCAUCACAAAAUCAAAAA